UUAAGAGACGCUUGUCAAAACGCAUGCUGUUUCGUAUGGCGAGUUGACAACAGGUGAUAAACGAUGAUGGUGUACGUGCGCCAUACCUGUCUUGCGUCCUAUUUUGGGGGAGAAGACAUAACAGGAAAAGCGACGCGCAUAGAGGCAAAAACCCCGAGAGAGACACAAGGACAAGACACAUCAGUUUGAACGAACUGUGAAGUUGAAGUCGCUUUUUUUCGGAGGGCUAGACAUGGACAAAUGUUCCUCUUGCGCGCACCCUCUCAACUCACCAUCGUUUUGAUAUUUUAUGACGAGGAGAUGAAGUCACCCAAGUCACCCUCCACCACUACCCCCCUCUCCACCCUUCACCACACCAUCAUUUUUCUCAUUCAGGCCCGUUGCCCAUAUGUUUAAUUAACUAGGCUGAUGUGUAAGUACCUUCAGCCAGCGAAGCGUGGGCGGACGGGCUGCGGGGUAAAGAGACUGCCGGAGAAUAUUUCCUUAUUCCUCUCCACCCAGCACUCUAUCUGCUGCCGGAGCAUCACCUCCGUCGUGCGGCGCACAGAGCUACAAAAAUAACUCGACCCCUUUAAACUUAUUCUGAAUUGUUUAGGGUGUUAUGGGGGGAUAGUGCGGUGCUCUUUCGGAGAGCGCGUGAGAGAGUGGGAAAAUACAGAGGGAGAUAGUGUGUUUGGGGGGGGGGAUUUUUAUACGUGCCUGCGUGCGUUUUGAUGUUAUUUGUGACGGAAUCCCCCCUUCAGUCUCCAAGAAUCCGCGAGCGGCCUGAGGAGGAGGACAAGAGAGGAGGAGGAGGAGGAGGAGGAGGCGCGCGGACCUGUCCACGAGCCCUCACUGCGGAACGCGCGGGGCUGCCGCUGGAGAUUCCAAACCAAAUAGGCUGAUUUUGGAUUCAUGAGUCUCACUGAUCCCCGCACCUCCACGGCGUUUCUUCUUUCCCCCUUCUUCCCCCAAUCCAUCUCUGCCAUUGAGUGGACGGUGUUUGACAUCUUAACCGAGAGGAAUACUACCAAUCUACCGGGGGUGAGGUGCUGGGGAGGGGGGUGGUCUUCAGAGGCAGACAGGUGGAUUUAUCCGUGUGGAGGUGGUGUUUUGGGGGGGACUGGAUGGAGGAGAAAUUGAUGGAUUAAUUUGACGGAGGAGAGUCUUAUGUGAUUCCCACUCCUGCCGAGGGCACCCGAAUGGAGUAACAGGCUGCAAUGUCAUCUCCACCUGGCCGCCUGGAGAGAUGUGUCACGGGAAUGGGAUCAAGUUUGAACACUUUUCCUCUGGUUUCACUGACGCUGUGAGAAGGAACCACAAUGCCAGUAAACGGACAGGUCAUGGUGGCUGCCUGCACGGGCCCUCAGACCACGGCAGUAAAACUCAGCAUUCAUCGCACGGACUCCGAAGAAGAAGGCGCAAAACCUCCGCGACCGCAAACCUGCAGCAGCCGCGCUUUGUGACACCGAAGGGUAUGAUGGGUGUAGUGGGCUGGAUGUUGCUCCUACUCUCCCAGAUGAUGGUGCCUGCGGCGUCCCAGAAGCCUCCAGGUCUCAGUGUGGGUGUCAUCAUGGGCGAGACGCGCUACCUCUCCGAUCAGGAGCUUCGCCCGGAUCUGCGCCCCGAUGACACCCUGGACGUCUCUGUGGUUAUACUGAGGAUCAACCAGACGGACCCCAAGUCUGUCAUCACACAGGUGUGUGAGCUUCUGUCCCGCACUCGUCUCCAUGGCCUUGUGUUUGCUGAUGGCACCGAUCAGGAGGCCAUCGCCCAGAUCCUCGACUUCCUCUCCGUUCAGACGCAGCUUCCAAUCCUGGGAGUCCACGGAGGCUCCUCUAUGAUUAUGGCUGACAAGGAUGAGAAGUCCACGUUCUUCCAGUUCGGUGCCGCUCUGCAGCAAGAGGCUCUGCUCAUGCUCUCCAUCAUGGAGGAGUAUGACUGGCAUGUAUUUUCUAUCGUCACUUCCAAGUUCCCCGGGUACCAGGAUUUCAUCAGCACACUGAAGAUAACUGUGGAUCACAGCUUUGUACGCUGGGACCUGCAGAGUGUGGUGACUCUUGAUGCUGUAGACGGUGACCCUAACUCUAAAUCACACAUUGCCCUCAAGAGGAUCCAGAGUCCCGUUAUACUGCUGUACUGCUCCAAGGAUGAGGCUGUGUAUAUAAUGGAGGAAGCUCGAUCCUUGGGCCUGAUAGGAGCCGGUUACAUUUGGAUUGUGUCCAGCCUCACCACUGGCAACCCAGACUUCACCCCCGAGAUGUUUCCUCUGGGUAUGAUCUCCGUCUCCUACGAUGACUGGGAGUACCCUCUGGACACGCGGGUGCGGGAUGGCGUUAGCAUCAUUUCCACCGCAGCCACCGCCAUGCUUCGGGAGAAAGGGGAGCUGCCAGAGGCCCAGGGCAGCUGCUACAGCACACCGUCAGACAGGAGCCCGGGGAAGCUGCCACCCAGUGCCCUGCGCAGACACAUGAUGCAUGUGUGGAAUGAAGACCGUGACUUAUCCUUUACUCCAGAUGGUUACCAGGCCAACCCCAAAUUGGUUGUCAUCGUCCUGAAUAGUGAGAGGAAGUGGGAGAAGAUGGGCCGCUGGGAGAACGGGACGCUGUCGCUGAUGUUCCCAGUGUGGCCGAGGUAUAACUCCCAUGGGGACGAGGAUGCAGAUGAAAACCAUCUCUCCAUCGUCACACUGGAGGAGAAACCUUUCGUCAUCGUCGACAACGUAGACAUCCUCACCGGCACCUGCAUGAGAAACUCUGUGCCGUGCCGAAAGCAUGUCAAAGAUAACAGCACAUCAUCAGGAGGUUCCUACAUUAAGCAGUGCUGCAAAGGUUUCUGCAUUGACAUUCUGAAGAAGAUAGCGAGGAACGUCAAGUUCACUUACGACCUCUACCUGGUCUUAAAUGGGAAACACGGCAAGAAGAUCAACAAUAUGUGGAACGGCAUGGUUGGAGAGGUGGUGUACAAGAAGGCGAUAAUGGCGGUCGGUUCGUUGACUAUCAAUGAGGAGAGGUCAGUGGCUAUUGACUUCUCCGUGCCCUUUGUGGAGACUGGCAUCAGCGUCAUGGUGUCACGUAGCAACGGGACCGUCUCUCCUUCGGCCUUCCUCGAGCCCUUCAGUGCAUCCGUUUGGGUGAUGAUGUUUGUGAUGCUGCUUCUUGUAACAGCCAUCGCCGUCUUCCUCUUUGAGUUUGUCAGUCCGCUGGGCUUCAACCGCAACUUGGCCCAAGGCAAAGACCCACAUGGUCCAUCCUUCACCAUCGGUAAGGCCGUCUGGCUGCUGUGGGGUCUGGUGUUUAACAACUCCGUGCCUGUGCAGAACCCAAAGGGCACAACCAGCAAAGUAAUCGUCUCAGUGUGGGCCUUCUUCGCUGUCAUCUUCCUGGCCUCCUACACUGCCAACCUGGCUGCCUUCAUGAUCCAGGAAGAGUUUGUGGACCAAGUGACUGGACUGUCUGACAAGAAGUUCCAGAGUCCGUAUUCCUAUUCGCCUCCAUUUCGCUUCGGGACGGUUCCUAACGGCAGCACCGAGCGCAACAUCAGGAAGAACUAUCCCAAUAUGCAUCAAUACAUGACCAAAUACCAUCAGACUGGCGUUGUGGAUGCGCUGGUCAGCCUCAAGACUGGAAAGCUGGAUGCUUUCAUUUACGACGCUGCGGUGCUGAACUACAUGGCGGGCAGAGACGACGGCUGUAAGCUUGUCACCAUCGGCAGCGGUUACAUCUUCGCCACCACGGGUUAUGGUAUCGCCUUACAGAAAGGAUCCUACUGGAAACGCCUGGUUGAUCUGGCCAUACUGGGCAUCAUAGGAGAUGGUGAGAUGGAAGAGCUGGAGGCGCAGUGGCUGACUGGGAUCUGCCACAGUGAGAAGAACGAGGUGAUGUCCAGCCAGCUGGAUGUAGACAACAUGGCGGGUGUCUUCUACAUGCUGGCCACAGCCAUGGGCCUCUCCAUCCUCACUUUUAUUUCUGAACACCUUUUCUACUGGAGACUGAGAUACUGCUUCACUGGCGUCUGCACUGGGAGGCCGGGUCUGCUCUUCACUAUCAGCAGGGGUAUAUGGAGCUGCAUCCAUGGAGUUCAUAUUGAUAUGAAGAAGAAGAAUCCUGAACUGGAUUUCAGUCCUCAAGCCAACAUGCUGCAUCUGCUCAAGUCUGCCAAGUCCAUGGCUUUGUCUUCUCCUAAACGCAACGCUGUGCUCUUGCAGCCCAACAUCCUAGAUGUGAUGUCGGGGAAAGGUAACUCUCUCCAUCUGCCCCCGAAGGGUCCUGGUCUCUAUAGCAACGCCGCUGGUCCGCACAGUUUCUUGUCAUUGUCCGGGCGACAUAAAAACCUUCUUAACAAUGCUGCGCCGUUCCCUGUGCAACAGAAAACCCCCGCUCUUCAGACGAGCCCCAACAAGCCCCAGCUGUCAAUCACAAAUGACAACGGCAAGACCCGCCCCAUCGGGCUGGCCCUCGCUGCCGUCCCACAGGGCUCAAAACCUCGAGCCCUGUGGAAGAAAAGUGUGGAGACGUUGAAAACGCAGCCGACUGUCGUAUCUCCAGGCCCAAGCCCCACCCCGGCCGCUGGACCCGGACCCCCACAGAUGAAGAGCCAGCGCUACCUGCCUGAAGAGCCGCCACACUCUGACAUCUCCGAGUGCUCCAGCCGGCCGCCAUCACACAAAGAUUCUGAUUCGAUGGCGGCCAGAGGCGGAUUCAAGCCUAUUAAUCAGCUGAGGAAGAGAGGAGGGGUAGGAGCAGGAGGGGGAAGCGGGGGCGGAGGAUCAAAGAUCUACUCCAUUGACUCAGACCAGGCCAGUCUGCAGUCAGCUCCCCCCUACCAGCGAGACAGCCAGGGGGGAGGUGAUGACCACACUUACCCCCCUGACCUGUUUCCACCUGACAGCACAUACUCACACACUCACACGCUCUCCCACCAGGCGGAUGCGCCCAUCUUGCAGCUGAGUGCCAGCCUACUGCACCACAGUCACAGCGCGGAGGCCGACCUGCACUCCCUGAAGGACAAGAAAUACAGCACCUACACACACAGCAGCUCGAAGGACAAAACUGGAAGUUCAUUUGAAGCUCCGGGCGGGGGUCAGGGGUCACAGAGCGUCAGACCCGGACACUGUCGCUCCUGCCUGACCAAGCUGAGCAGUUACUCCGGCCUUUACACCGUCCGCUCCCCGGGGGCUCGCUGUGACGCCUGUGCCCACCUGGGAAACCUUUACGACAUCAGUGAAGACCACCUGCACUCGCACUACUCCCACACACACACUCACCCACACAGCGGGGACAUGUUUACACACUAUCUUCCCCAGAGCGAGUUGGGCCUGGUGGGCGAAGGGGACGGGCUCGUAAGCCACUUUGAGCCCACCCCUUCCUCCCCGUCACCUCUCUCCACCUCUUUGUCGGCCCAGCACCUUCAGCUGAGUCGCCAGCACUCCUAUGAGAACGUGCUUCCGGACGACGUUCCCGAGCGGCAGUCGCAGCUGCACACCCACCUGCGGGGGCUGAGCCUGCCCGACAGAGACAGGGAGCGGGAGCGGGAGCGGGAGCUGGACGAGGGGGCCUACGCUAACGUCCUCACCAUGCGCUCUGACCGUCCCUUCAGCAGCCGCAGCCCGCCCUCUCCGUCCCCCUCCCACCACCACAGCCUCGACACCCCUCUACCGCUCCCCCGGCGCUCCAAGAGUCUCUUCCCCGAUCGGCCCUCUCACAACCCUUUCCUCCAGUCAGCGCCUGGCACCACACAACGAGAGCCCUCCCCGCAGUCUGUCACACGCAUGCCGCAGAGAAGCUCAGCCCACGAGCUCUAUAAGCAGCGAAUGCCCCUGUCGCUUACCCUCGGUAACCAUGGCAGCCAUCACAACAACCAGUAUGGCGGCCUUGUCGACCAACAGGUGUUCUACCCUCAACAGGAGCCCCCCGUGGUGGCCUACAUGGUCCCACCUGCCGCCUCUCAGCCAAUGAGCUAUGUGACAGCGCCGCGAGCCUCGAGCGCCGGCGACAACCGGCCCCGGCUCUACCGCCGCAUGCCGAGCAUCGAGUCUGAUGUCUGAGACUCGCACGCAACACACUUAUCUUACCGAAACACACUGACACACACGCAUGCAAGACAGAGUUGUGUGUGACAGGACCAGGCAGCUCUGAUUCUAAGCGCAUACACGGAAACACACACACACACACAGGUGAAAGAUGGGAAGGGAAGGACUAAAGGUUAAUGGUAAUGCUGAGUAAAUAAAUAAAUCAUUGUUUCUUUAUCACUACCCUCUAUAGGGCAGGGUUAGGGCCACAGGGACACCUGGAGGCACAAUACAAGAUGAAGAGUGUGUGUGUGUGAGUGUCAGUGUGUGCACUAGCCUCAAGCUGUGGGCAACAAGGCACAAACUGACAAUAUGUCCGACAAGACGGAUCGAAUCCCUGGUGAAAUAAAAGAGACACUGUGUACGGAGUUUUAACGGCGACAGUGGGAUCUGAUGGAAGAACAACACGUGUGUUUGGAAGACGAGCCGACUUGUCCCGCCCUCUCACUAGCCUCUUAGAGAUGAAGAGGACUGACAGAAAACCCCUUUCUUUCUGAGAACACACACACACACACACACAUAUUACAGUUAAACACACCCGCCUCUCUCCAGGUCUCUCCUCUUGCACUAUGAUUUCUACAGUCAACCCGUAUGUUGUCUGAGCCUCCAAACUGCACUGCCAGCAUGGCUUAAAGAGUAGUAACCUACACUAGAGUAAUCCUUGACUUGAAUGGAAAUUACUUUCUUAGUAAUAGACUGGGCGGGUCAGGGCACAGGUCUGAGAAGCGUGGUGGCUCCUGCCCGCAGAUGUACAAACACUCGAACAUACACACACACACUGUGUCCGUUUUUAAAGGGGAGCGGAGCAAAAACUACCGACUGUUUCCCUGUAACUGUUGAUGUCAGUUAAUUGAACAUUCCAAAAAGUGGACCAAACAUGGCCGCCGGUAAAAGCCUAUCAGGAAGAAAGUGUGUGUUCUAGUGUUUCUAGAUCUAAAGACAUACAGUAUAGCAUCCUUGCUUCCUUAGCUAGCCUUCAGGUCAUACUGCAUGCUUCCUACUGCCCUGUGUUACAGUUAAACUCCUAUACAGGGUCAUAUAUGCACACACACACAAACACACAUAUAUGCACAUACACACACAUGCACAUACGCAGUAGUCUAGGAUAGUAGAUUAGGGUGGGUGUGUGUGUCGAAGCUAUGAGAUAGCUUCUCUUUGUGCACUUUGUAGAUUUUAUACCCUGCCACCUAACACGGACGUUUGACCAAAAACACUUUUGUACUGAAAAAUAUGAAUAUUCUCAAUCAUUCGCUGGAUAGAUGUUUUCUUUUUUCUCUUAUUUCUCUUUGACAUUGGGUUUUAGGGCACUGUUAAGUUUCCAUUGUAAGGUCCGAAGUAUAACAGUGUUAGAUAAAUGGGUACAGCAUCAUACAGUAUACACAACUACACAUUUGUAUCUUUCUUAUCUUUUUUUUUUACUUUUACAGUGCUCAUCUGCCCCUUACCAGCCUUCCCUCAACAGCUUUUUGUUUAAUCUCUUAUUUAUUCAUUUUUUAUCAUUCCCUGCUUCCUUCUAUUAUAGAGUAGAUUGAGUAUCAGAAGAAUAAAAGUUCAGUCGUGGUGUUUAAAUCUCAGCAUAUUGUUGGAAAUCACAAUAUUAGUAGUAGUCGCUAGAAUUCCUCAAAUCCCACACUGGCUCUCAUAGGAUACAGUACUUUUAUUCUACUACAUUUGUUAUGUUGAAUUAAAGAACUGUAGGCCCAUUUUCAUGUGUCAAUAGUGAAUUUAGAGGCCGAGAGCAUCACUGUUGCAGAUUUACUCAUCAAAUGAAUACUCCUGGACAAGCGUCAGAGUAGCUGGUACUUGUGUGGCUCUCUGUUGGCGAGAACACAGCGCUGUGUUUCAGCUGAGAGUCACGUGGCAAAGCAGAGAGUUUGCAAAGUGACUCGUUACAGAGGCAACACUCACUCAUAUACACACACACACAUAUGCACACACUCGACGAGCUAGCAAUGUGUGUAUGAGUGUUCCAGAAAUCCAUAAUCUACUGAGUAAGGGCAUUGAUUUUCGAGCACACGGAUUUUGAUGGAAAAAAUACUUGAUAUCCCAUUAGCUGAGCGUCUGUCUCUAUUAUCUUUCUGCUCUAUUCUCUUUUCUCUCCCCCCUCUCUCUUUAUCUCUCUUUCUCUCUCUCUCUUUCUCUCUCUCUCUCACACACACACAUAAACACAUUUAUAUAUAUCGGCUGUGAAGAAUGCAAGACCGUUUUUAACAAAAAAACGCACCUUUUCAACAGUGAACGCUGCCCCUCUUUUUGGUAAUCUUAACAGGUUUGGUGUGUGAGUUAUAUGCACAAUAUCAGGUUGCAAUAUUAUACUUCUGUACAGAGAAAUCUUUGUUUUAAAUGUUAGAAACUGAUUUUCAUUUGUUUGAUUUGAAUGGUAUUAAGUGUUGAAUUCAUUUCAAUAACGACGUGGCUUUUAAUUCUGCUUCUUUAGGAAAAAAAAAAAGGAAAAAAAGACUGGCAUGUUUUAGAUUCUUGUGUGAUUUAUUUUUCCUCUGGUGUGUUGUUGGUUGGGACCUCACUGUACAGUCCUCACUGCUGGGUUAACAUGCAGGCUAGUUAACUAUCACACCAGUUAACUAUAGCAACACGUAGCUGGGUCUCUUAUCUGAAUCACACUCAAUGAAUAAUGAUAGUCCAGCCUGUGUGGUUAUAAUAUAAAACCCCCUCCCACCCACAUAGUUCUCUUCCUCUACGAGUCUGUGCUGUUUCACCUCUGAGUGUGAGCGAGUGUGUGUGUAUGUGUUUUACACUGCGCAGGCAUUUAUAUAAGACAGAGGAUAUGCGUAUCAAGAGGUUGUUUGUGGUGGAUGUGUGUUUUUGGCGUGUGUAUACUUUUCCGUACUCUCUUCGGUUUCGUCCCACACAUAACAUUUGACCUGGCUCUUACUCAUAUAAAUCAAAUACAGUUUUACACACACACAUACAAACACACACACAUGUUGCGUCUGUACUAAUGUGGUUAAGAGAACAUGUAAUAAGAUGUGUACGUCCUCCACCAUCACACAGAUUUUUAAACUAAUUUCUUUUUUUUUUUAAAUUGCAUGACGUGCUUGUGUUUUUGGUGGUACCUAUUUUGCUGCAACACCUGAGUUCUCCCUGAGUUGACCUAACGGGGCUACAUGUACCAACGUUCCCCUCCAUCCUGGUUAGUGCACCUCAACAUGAGUGGAGCCCAGGAUCCUUCCACAGUCGCACGUCGCACCCCCCCCCCCCUCGCCUGCGAUGUCACCAACUUUGGGCCCAUCUGCCUCCUGUACAACGCUGUAAAGGAACAUGUGGAAAACGUCGGUCCCGGUACAGUUCUCAGUUUGGUGGAGGUGCACACAUAUUAUAUACAGUACCGGGUGGAAGGGUUGCGUUUGUGUGUAGUCCUCCAGGUCUCCCUGCCGUGUAUCUCACUUGUGUAUAAGUUCAGGGGUUUCUAAGCUACUAGUUGUGUUGUAAAUAAUACCUUGUCACUCAGUACCUCUGUACAAUCUGUAAAUAAGUAAAGGUUACAUUUUUCUACUU